AGCUUCUACCCCACUGACUCCUAAGAGCGAGACUGUUAGGUGUGAGCGCUUGGAGCGCAAACCUGAACUUUGGAUUUUGAUCAGUAUAGUAUUCAGACUCAGUACUGAGACUGAGUGAGUGGGGUGAGGGUCGGUAUUAACCAGUCUUCACUAAUCCACCAACCUAAAGACACCCAAAUAUUUCCUGGAUGGAGCCACCCUUCAAGAAACCUAGAAUUGCAUUUACAAAUAACAUAACUCUUAAAUCAGAUGAAUAUAAGUGCAUUUAUGAGCGAUGCGCUUACAGGCACAGAAUGAAUAAAGAAGAAAUUACUAAGCAUCUCAAAGAAGUCCACAAGAAGCAAGAAACAGAAACAGCGGAAUCGGGCUACUUCUCGGAGUCUACAUGUCAAGAUUCAGUGUGCUCUGAUCCAACUGAGGAGAGAACCUGGAUGGUGAAGCUUCAUGAAUUUGAAGAUCAAACUCCACAACUGUUCCCUAAAACAGAAGAUCUUACAUCCAAGUGUAUUAAUCAUCCAAGAGGUUGUAAGAAGACUGGAACUUUAAAUAAGUUGAUAUUCCAUCAACAUGUAUGCCGCUUCCCUAUGUUCACAUCAUCUUAUAAGUAUAACCAGGAUUUUGUAAGAACUUUCCGCUGCCAAGGAUUUAUUUGCACUGUGUUUUCUGAUUUGGAUAAUUUUGUUUCUUUUAACAACAGUUUUAUCAAACUGUUAAAUAUUCAGUUUUUUUUUAAAUUGCAUAAUUUUAAAGAAUUGCAUAUUCAAGGGUUUUGUCUCAAUGAUCGGUAUAAAUCUGCGAACUUCAAGUUUAAGUGUAAGUCUGGUCACAAAAGGAAGUCUGCUGCUGGACAGUUAAAUAAUGGAACAUUAAAGAUUAAAUUUCCUGAAAAGAUUCCAGAAAAGAGUAUUCUUAAAUACACAAUACAUAUUGAGGUACAUGAUCCUCCUAUUACAAUAUAAAAUUGUUUAAAGUUCCAGUGAUUUUUUAAAUUUUAACUUGUAUAAAACUAAUCCUUUUAAAUUUUCAACUACUUAUUCAUUAGUUUCAACAGCCUAGUAAAUUCUUGUUUUUUGAUGUUCUUUGAAAUCAAGGAAUUUUUUCUUUGCAGUAUUUUAAUUUUAAGAUUAUUUUUUUUUUGUCUUGUCAGUAAGUGAGAAAACAUUUAUGCAUUUAAUUACAGUUUUUAAACUAAACUUGAUAUUUCCUGCAUUCCUUGAUAACAGUAGAAACACUUUUUGUCUAGUUUUAUAAAUUUUUAUAUUACUUUGUAAGGUAUAAGCAUUUUUCUAUCUUUACAGUAGUUUUUGUACUGAAGUACUGAUGUGUACUUAUUUGUCCCUAUCUUAUCUUACACUAUAUAGUGAUGCUAAUAUAGAUAUAUUUUUGUAAACUUUUAAUUCUUGAAUAAAUGAU